AUGGCGGCAAUGGAGCUUCCCCCGCUUCCCGUGCCCAUCUGUGACUUUGUCAGCUAUGUCGAAAAACGUCCAAAGGCCCCGGCUGGCGUGGCUGAAGCCGUGAAACCUUUCAAGGCAUUCGAAAACAAGCUGAGAGAAGUCUAUGCCCAGCAUCCCGAUCAUCCGGCUGCAGCUGGAAACCACUUGCUUCCCGUCUUCGAUAACGACAUUCUGGCUGUCAGAGCAAGAGAUCUUGCCAACGAGUCUCCAGCUGAAAAGGACAAAUACCUGCUCCCACUGCCCGAAGACACGCGCCGGAAAACUGACGCACCUGCGACCGUCCAAUCUCUCAAGGAGUUCAAGACAAACUUCAAUCUGUUCUCGGAAUCGUCCUUGGUCGAUUUGGACUGGAACAAUGUCGUCUGUGCCGGGUCCGCCGUGGUCACAUCUCUGCUGCCAGUCGAUGCCCCUCAUAACGAAUCUAAGCGCGCGCUACGCUCAUAUUACCAUGAGAAUCUCGCUCCUGCCUCUGAUGUUGAUCUCUUUUUGUACGGUCUGGACCGAGAACAGGCCAUGGAGAAGGUCAAGCAGAUCGAAAGCAAGAUUCGAGACAGCAUCCUGGCCGAGACAACAACUGUCCGCACCAAGAAUGCCAUAACUAUCGUCAGUCAAUAUCCAAUUCGUCACGUCCAGAUCGUCCUUCGCCUGUACAGAAGCGUUUCGGAGAUCCUCACCGGAUUCGACGUCGAUUGUUCGUGCGUCGCUUACGACGGGAAGCAAGUCUGGGCAUCCCCAAGAGCGCUGGCUGCCUUCAUGACCCAGAUGAAUACCAUUGACCUCAGCAGAAGGUCGCCUUCAUACGAAAAUCGCCUGUCCAAGUACUCACGCCGUGGUUUCGAGGUCUACUGGCCUUUGAUUGACCGUAGUCGAGUGGAUCCAACCAUUUUCGAGAGGUCUUUCUCACGGGUGCUGGGGUUGGCAAGACUGCUGGUCUUGGAGAAACUUCCGCAUCCCAAUGACAGAGACACCUAUCUCGCCAAGCGCCGAGCCGAGCGUGGCCGUCCACCACUGCCUUGGAAUGCCCGUUUCCGCCACGAGCUGCCAGGCAACGUCAAAGAUGCGCAACCUGACGAUGUGGCUGAGUGGGUUGAAGAGGACGAGGUCUCGAAUUACCACACUGUCACCAUUCCAUACGGACCGAAGUACCAUGCCAAGAAAAUCGAGAAGCUUCUGUUCACCAAGGACUUGCUUCUCAACGCCGAAUGGAACAAGCCGAAGGACAGAGAAACGCAGCUGCACCGUCAUCCGGCGUUCUUUGGUUCAGCUAAUGAUGUCCUUCAUGAUUGCUGCGGCUUCUGUCCCAAGCCAGUCACUGUUGAAGAUGUGGCAGCCUUCGAGGAGGAAAGCAAGAUUUACAUCUCUGGAAAUGUCACUUUCGUCAUGGACGAUCCCGGCAGGCAGGCUAUUGGGAGCUUCAAUCCUAUCACCGAUGACGACUGGACGGACAUGGCGUACGUUGGCAACACUACUAGACUGUGCCAAGCAAUCGUCGACCUUGAUCUCGACGCGGUCAGAGACUGGUUCUCUUCUCCGGAAGUCGUAGACGUCAAUCGAAGAGACCACACCGGCCGUACGCCUUUGCAGUUGGCUGUCAUGUGUUCGACUCCCGAGAUCGUCCAGUGUCUGAUCGAGCAUGGCGCCCGCCUGGUAGCGCGAUUGUAUAAUGGCAUGACCGCGCUGCACCUCGCUGCCUACCGUGGGGAAGUGCAAAUGGUGAAAGACAUCCUGGACAAGAGCGACGCGAAUGAGGAAGCGGAAAACAUAAAGGAAGCUGCCCGCAGGGAUGCACGAAGAGCUGGGUCGGCGUCUGAUACCUCUUCCGAAAACGGGAGUCAAGAGCAAGACUCCGGCGAUGUCGACUCGUUUGAUUCUGAUGGGGAUUUCGAUCAUGAAGCCGAAGUAGACGAUGUGACGGAAGGUUCCUUCGUAAAGGUCAACGACAACGUCAGCCCUGACGAGAACGGCGAAGAGGACGAACCAGAUGUGUAUGAUGUCGAUGUCCUAGCUUGGGACAGCCCACUUUCGCCGCUUCACCUCGCUAUCUUAGCAGGCCACUUGGACGUCAUCGAGCUUCUAGUCGACAGUUAUGGCGCCGAUGUCCUCCUUCCGAUCAAGAUUGUGGACGAAUACAAUCGAAAGCGGGCCAAGGCCGCGAUACUCACCAUGACCUUGGCUCUGGAGCUGCCACUUCAACAAGCAAACGAGACCGUGAGAGUCCUUCUUGAGCGCGGAGCGACACAUGCCCAGGCCGAUAUGAAUCACAUCUCAGCCCUCAACUAUGCUGUCAAUAGCGCGAAAACACUCAUCCUAGAGACGAUGCACUCUGCAGAUCCAUCACACUUCGCCAGCGCGUGCAACUUCAUCGCCAUCUCCGGGUACUUCGACACCGCCAAGGUCAAUACUCCAUUGCUGACCGCCAUCCGGACUGGAAAGCCAGAGAUUGUCGACAAUCUUGUUCGUUGGGGAGCCAAAACCCAUAUCGACUUCGAGUCAUAUGCACAAGCCUACAGGCGUAGUUUCGACCGACCCUCAAAUGACCCAGAAAUAGUGAAGAAGACGUUUCAGAAAACCGUCGAACAGCCGCUUUUUGUUGCACUGCAACACGACAUGGUGGACUUUGUUGCUCAGCUUGUCGACGCAGGCGAAGACGUCAACAGUCUACCCGCCAGAGCCUACAAGUACCUAGAGUACCAGUAUUCAUCCUGGAAUUCAGCUGGUAAAUCUUUACUGGACCUUGUUGAAGACCGUGUUACAUCUCUUCGGCAAUACUUGCAGCCCGCGGACGCUCAGACACUGGAAAAGCCGGCUUCACUAGAAGAGGACUCUGUCUAUCUCGAUGGCUUUGAGGCAGGGUCCUACUCUUACUGGACUGCCUCCGAGGAUCUCUGUGAUGCUAAAUCAGUUCAUCGAUAUCAAACGAAGCAAUACGAGAAGGAGCUCAAUGCGGAGAAGGAAUCUUCGGACGAGGCACCGAAGAAAGCUGCUAUCAACAACAUGCUCGAAAAGUUACUCAACCUCAAAUCGAAGCUUUGUGAAAAGGGUGCCAAGUCAUUCUGGGAGCUUCAUCCAGAGGGGCGGAAAGAAGAGGAGUCGCGACGUGCCCUUGGCUACCGCUAUGGCUUCAACCAACACAGCACAGAACCCUACAGGACAAAGAUAUCCUUCAAAGUACCGGACUUGACUCCAGAGAAAGAAGCCAACUACAUCAAGCUGUUCGAGGCUGCCUGGCAUGGGAACGUGGAAACACUGAAGUCACUCUGUCUCCAUGGCGAACGCCCUCUUCAUAUCGCAGUCUAUGAUCUCCGUGGAUUCAGUCCCUUUUCCAUUGCAGCAAUUCGUGGUCAUUAUGAAUUAGCUCACAUCAUCAUCGAAAUUGCCAAAGCACAAUAUCAACCAGAUAACAAGUCGGUCCGAUACCAUUACCGUCUCCGCACUGAGGAAGACGAUAACAGCUACAGCGAUGGAAGCAGUGACGACGGGCGUUCAGAAGGCAGUGACAAUGUGAGACUUCACGCGGAAGUCGUCGACGAAGCUUUCACAGUGGAGGACGUUGCGGCACUGGAGGCUACAACUGUCGUAUCCCGAGUCUCGCCGUCCACCAUGGUCGCCUGGCAUUGUCAGGUUGCUCGUGCGUUGCGGAGAGAUGUUGACCAGCGAGAGGUCAAAGACGUGUUCGGAGAUAGCCUUGCAAACCACCGUCGGGUCUAUAUCGGUGAUCAAUCCAAGCAGUCAUGGGCAUGGUUCAAUGCAGUGUUUGGAGCAACAAGCCAGGCGAUGCGACGAUCUUUGGUUCGAUAUGCCAUCUUUACCGACGAUAUGACCCUCUUGAGGUUCUUGAUCAAGGUUGGCAACGAAUUGGCCGCCCAGAUCCCCGAUGGCAACAACGACAGCCUGAGAGUCAUGAACAUCAGCCAAGACGAUUUCGGCCUUGCAGUACGACUAGGUCGAGUCGAAAUGAUCGGAGAAAUCAUCAAGUCCACUGGCUAUGGGUUCCCCUUGCAGAAAGUGUUCCAGAAGUCUGGAAUCAAGCUGGACGAAAAGCCCAAAUACUACCAGGGCCUCAGUGUGCAUGGCCGGAAACGCCAGGAUUGGGCAGAGGCAGGUCGAGGCGGGCGGCGUUCCCACCAUGCGGAGUCAGAUAUCGGAGUGCCUCUCCUUGCUGCUGCCAUCGAAGGCAACACUGAUUCCACCGAAUUCUUCCUCACAGAUGCACCCUUGCGUCGAUACCUCGAGUUCGCAGAGUCUCUCGAGGAUGAAAAGCGCAUACAAGCAUUGGCGCAAGCAAAGGGCGGUAUCAAGGGCACCUUGAGUGCCUGGCUCUCGACCCGCAAUCAACUGGUGCUGCAUGUCGGGGUUUUAUCGCCACCACGGGAGGAUGGAAGUCAACCCACGUUUGAUCUCCUCCUCGAGAAGAUGCCUGAUGCGGUGGGAGUCCGAGCAGCGGACGGCAAGACACCGCUUCACCUCGCGUUCGAAGUCGAGCGAUACUAUGCGGCCAAGAAGUUGAUUGCAGCUGGAGCCAACCAAGCCACCAAAGAUCACGUUGGACGCAACAUCUUGCACACCAUGCUUGACACCAUUCCGAUCGACAAGCCGGACCUGCUCCGGUCCGUGAUCGACAUGCUUGACAAAACAAUUGUCGUACCUUUACUCCUGGAGCGGUGUAGCACUAUCGAGUCCACCGGCAACACACCUCUCGCAGUGUUCCUGGGUCGCAUCACCAAGCACCACAGCGGCUGGCAAGAGUCUCUCAAGUUUCUACUGUUGCUCUCAGGGGGCAAAGACCUCGAGAAAAUGGAUGGAGCAGGUGAAUACCCCUUGCACACUGGGGUGCGCAAAAACCACCGAGAGCUUGUACAGUUUAUCGUCGAGUUUCGUCCAGACUUGCUGUACUGGGAAAACGCCACAGGCAUGACCGUGUCCGACAUCGCGACCACAAGUUACUUGUGCCAUCGGAUCGAGCAUCCUCCAAAACUGAACGAAUCCGAAAAGAGACACAUUGAAGACCAACCAGCCAGCGAUUUCAUGGGCACGAGCCAGGACGAAGUCGAGGAUCAGGACAGACUCGAGAAUGAGGACGAGGAUGAGGAUGGCAGCGGCCGUGGCCAGGCGUGGCGUAUGCGUCGCUUCAUCAGUGGACUUGUGGCCAAAUACCCCGGGAAGCGCAAGCUUGUGGGCCUCCACGACGCCAACGAGGUCGCCAAACGGUUGGCCAUGCAGCAGCAGAAGCAGAACGAGGAGAAUCGUCGGCGCGAGAGACUCGGGUUGAAGGCUACCGGGCUAAGACGUCGGUACCGCUACGACAAUGGCGUGGUGGACAUGGAUGCGGAUCCGGCGGACGAGGUGGAGGAAUACACCUUUCGAGCCAAGGGCUUCAUCAAGUGGGAUGAGCUGGUCUGGCGGAAGACUGAGGCUGGAGAGACGACGGGGCCGGAUGGGCAGGACAUUGCGAGAGAGUACAUUCGUCGUGGGAGUGAUGCUAGUGUCCAGGGCAGUGUGUGA